AUGUCGCCCACCCACGCCAAUGAAGCGGCCGUCGAUCCUGCGACGCCCGUUCAGAAGAAUGUCAAGCGCAAAUGGGUGAGCUACAUCUGGGACACAUUCGACAAGUCACCCGAAGAGCGCCGGCUACUCUUCAAAUUGGAUUCGGCUAUUUUGACCUUUGCAUCUCUGGGAUAUUUCAUCAAAUAUCUGGACCAGGUCAACAUCAACAAUGCUUUUGUGUCUGGGAUGAAAGAAGACCUGGGUCUAUAUGGCAACCAGCUCAAUUAUAUGCAGACCUGCUGGACCGUUGGUUAUGUGAUUGGCGAAAUUCCUAGUAACCUACUUUUGACGCGCAUUCGACCGAGAUACUGGAUUCCAGCCAUGGAGCUUCUCUGGACGGUUCUCACAUUUUCACUGUCGCGAUGCAACACGGCAACGCAGUUUUAUGUGUUGCGAUUUUUUAUUGGGCUCGCGGAGAGCACAUUUUAUCCCGGGAUGCAGUAUAUCAUCGGCUCGUGGUACCGGAAAGAUGAGCUUGCCAAACGGUCCUGUAUCUUCCACACGAGCAGCGGUAUUGCCAGCAUGUUCUCGGGAUAUCUGAUGGAUGCCGUCUAUCGGCUCGGGGGACGGGGAGGCUUCAAGGGGUGGCAAUGGUUGUUUAUAGUUGAUGGGGUUAUCUCCUUGCCCGUGGCUUUGAGUGGGUUUGUGGUGCUUCCUGAUGUGCCCGAAAUCUCGAGUCCGUGGUACUUGAGCAAAGAGGAGGUGGCUCUUUCACAGAAACGGAUGCACUUGGAAGGCAGGCAGAAUCGGGAGCCUUUUACUCGAGCGAAGCUGAAGAAAAUCUUCUCUUCGUGGCACAUAUAUUUGCUGACCCUGCUAUACAUAGUCUUCAAUAACGGCGCCAUUGGUAGCCAGCCCGUCUUUCAGCAGUUUCUCAAACACUCCAAGGACCCCAAAUACUCGGUGGGUCAAAUCAACGCAUAUCCAACAGCGACGUAUGCGGUUCAGGUUGUGACCACCCUCACUUAUGCUUGGACAUCGGAUUCAAUCCUAGGAGGCAGGCGCUGGCCGCCAAUUAUCUUCGGCGCUAUCGUCAACAUCAUAAGCUACGUCUCUUUGGCAGUAUGGGAUAUCCCCAUGGGCUGGAAAUGGACCUGCUACAUUAUCUGUGGAGCUGGAUUUGGAAUCAGCGGGCUUUUGAUGGCUUGGACCCAUGAGAUCUGCUCCGAAGACAACGAAGAGCGAUCCCUGGUUAUCGGGAGCAUGAAUGAGCUCGCCUACGUUUUCCAGGCCUGGCUGCCUCUCAUUGUCUGGCAACAAGUCGAGGCACCAGAGUAUCGAAAGGGUUUCAUCACUGUCACUGUUAUGUCUGUGAUUAUGUUCAUCACCACUUUUGUGGUUCGGGAUCUUCAUCACAAGGAAAAGAAACAGAAGGAAAAUCGUACCCAAGAGACUGAAGAGACGGAGGAUUUCUCGGAAUCGCCGGCCAUCACCCCGGUAGAUACUAAAGUCCCCAAGACUUAA